AUGGCCAAUAAACUCCGUCGAAAAGUAGCAUUAACUAUUGGGAAUGGGGAUUAUACACGAUCAGACAACAAGCUGACCCAUUGCACAAAGAAUGCUGCCGAUUUAAGUGAUUUAUUGCAAAAAAUCGGUUUUGAUAUCAAUGAAAUACAUACAAACAUCAAGCGAGAUGACGAAAUGAAUAUCAUCUUUCAAAAAUUUGCCAACACAAUUGAAGAUGAUGACAUCAUCUUAUUUUACUUCUCCGGUCACGGAUAUCAGAUUGAUCAUGUCAAUUACUUGAUACCCAUCGGAGACAAAUACAUCGAAAAUGAGAGUGAUAUUGCAGAUUUUGGUGUCAAUGCUGAACAUGCAUUGGAAUUAUUACUGGAAAAGAAGAAAUCAUACGCAAUGAUAUUCAUUCUCGAUUCUCCAACAUCAUAUUCUUUCAAGGACAAAUCAGAAUCCGGCAGUACGAUCAAAGAAAUUAAUGUCGAUUCAUCUCUUGGA